CACACGGGCUGCCGAUAGCGGCGGAGCCUGGGCGAGUGUAAGGUUGGGCUGGCGGGACCUGCCACCCCUCGAGAGCCGGUGCACAAUGGCUGACAAUAAAGCGAAAUCAACCAAACCUGUGAAUAAGACUCCUCCAAAGUCUCCUUCAGAUCCAGCAAAGGACCGAGCAGCAAAACGAUUAUCGUAUGAUUCAAACAGCUCCCAUGAGGGAGCCAUAGCAGGAGAAUUAAGUGCUUUGGAAGAGGCCUUUAGAAAAUUUGCUAUCCAUGGUGAUACAAGAGCCACAGGAAAAGAAAUGCAUGGGAAGAACUGGUCAAAGCUAUGUAAGGACUGUCAUGUGAUAGAUGGGAAGAACGUGACAAUCACAGAUGUUGACAUUGUCUUCAGUAAGAUCAAGGGAAAAUCUUCCAGAACUAUCACUUUUGAGCAGUUCAAGGAAGCUCUUCAAGAACUCUCAAAGAAGCGUUUUAAGGACAAGAGUGAUGAGGAAGCAGUUCAAGAAAUAUAUAAACUAAUUGAAGGAAAAGCCCCAAUUAUAUCUGGAGUAACGAAAGCCAUUUCAUCUCCAACUGUAUCACGCCUUACAGAUACAUCAAAAUUCACUGGUUCUCACAAAGAGAGGUUUGAUCCCAGUGGGAAAGGAAAAGGCAAAGCUGGCCGAGAAGAUCUGGUGGAUGAUUCAGGAUAUGUAUCUGGCUAUAAGCAUGCAGGCACAUAUGAUCAUAAAGUACAAGGAAGCAAGUAAGGUUGAGGGUUCACAAGACAGAGAGAGGAAGAGAUGGGGAAAGAGAAUAUAUUUGUAAGAAUGAUGUAGAUGAAUCCCAUAUGUUUUGGUUAUUGUGAAUGCUUAAGACUAUGUUGUCAAGAAGUUGUUUUCAGGAACUGGAACUGAUUUCAACAUCUGCUGAGCUACUUGCAGCACAACGCCACUUCAUUACAUUCCUCAUGUGUAUAUUGGCAAAAAUAAACAUAUAAGUACAAAAUUUACAUAAUUUUGCUGAGCUUUAGACACACACAAAAAAAAAAAACCAAGAAAAAAACACACACCAAAUUCAAGAGCAGUUAUAUCCACACUUUGUCAAUUUAAGCAAAAGAUUUCAAACAUUCCUAAAUGUCUAGUUGCCCUGAGGAUGUCAAAGAGAACCUCAUGAAAAGAGGGUCUUUCAUAGCAACCUUUCUGAAGAAUAUCCCAUUAUUUAUGCAGUUUGAUUUGACUACUGGGUUUGAGCUUUUAAAAAUGUCUUACAUGGGAUAUGGCACUUUCCUUAAAACAGUCAACAAUAUGCUAUUGGGGAGUAAGUGGUGGUAACAUACAAGGUUCUAGCCUGUAAAUGUCAUAUACCACUCAUGAA